AUGCAGAAAUAUGGAAAUGUUUCUGAAGGUCCCGGCAAAAGGACGUCGAUGUCCAGACGAUCGCCAUCGAUUUUGGUAACGGAUGCUCGUUCGUCACGCAAGAGAUUAAAUGCGCCAUUUGCUGGGCAUGCAGCGGGCUUACAGAAUGCUAACCCCGCUAGAAAUGGGCCUAACAGGGAAAGCUCCCCUACACCAAUGGGAUCAAAUUCUCUUCGGAGGGGAAGCUCAACAGACUUGUUGUCUCAGCGCAAAUUGAAGAAUAAGCUGCGACAACAGGGUAAAUUCAGCGAUAUUUCAAUAGAUAACAUACUAUCAGACCUUUCUGAUGUACCUUCAGGAAGAAGAGAGGAGCGAAUGUCUACCUCUUCUAAUGACCAUCAUUUUCGAAAUAGUGCACGCACAGCAAGAUACACCAAGAUGAUUAAUCCCUUACCUCCGAGGACCUCGAAGACUUCGCAAAAACUAGUUCUAAUCCCUGAGGACGCCGAUAGAAGAUCUUCCCAUCGCGAACCAAGAAAACUGCCUAGAUCUUCAAGUAAGCCGGAAGGAGUGCCAUUUGGAAAAAACGAUAAAGAACUUUCUCGUAUUACCGCCUAUAACGUCGCAGAAGGCUUCAAUUUGAAGCUAGCAUCAAAUUUUUUGAAAAAUAUGCACGAUGUGUCACCUCGACUUUACGAUGAAUGUCUUUAUGUACCUUAUUGUCUUCCAUUACUUCCAGGAAAAGAGGGAUUCAGAAUAAAAUCCAAUGCCUCCAAAAAGAUGAUUGGCGGUAAGACGUUGAUGGACCGGCUAAUCGAUACAAGUGAACAAAGGGAUCAUCAUUAUGAGUACUACUCGGGUGUUGAAACUGUUGAAGAUAUCAAUAAUAACUUCGAAUUAAAUGAAUCGAACUCGAAUGAUGAUAGGAAUGACAUUGUACCUGUGCCAGAUCACUUGCCAAACUUGAAUAGCACAACAACGUCAUUCGAUCCUAGUGAGCCACAAUACUUUGCGGAAGAGACACCUCGAGAACAAGAACUACGCGAACAAGAAGAGCGACUUCAGUCUACUACAGAAGGUGAUCACUCAAGAGGUAGCAUUUCUCAAGUCAUUGACGCUAGUGAAACGAGCAAAAAGCAGCAUGCGGAAAUAUUCAUAUUUAGCUAUGGCGUCGUUGUAUUUUGGAAUUUUACAGAAGUGCAAGAAAAGAAUAUACUGGGAGAUAUUGCUUUCGCAGACUACGAUAACUUAGUUAUCAGGCCUUUGGAUGAACAAGAUAUAGAAACUGAACAAUUCCAUUUUGAAUAUGAUAUGGAUACCGAGAGGCCAAGUAUUUUUAACGAUAUUGUUACUUUGAGAUCAGGCGAUCACAUCACAAAACUUACCCUUUCUCAUUCUAUCGCACAAUCAACAAAAUUAUCAAGAUUUGAGUCAAGAAUAUCACCAAUUCUAAGUGCAGUUUCGAAGCUGCCGAAAAGGCUUGCGCUCUACGGUACCUUGGGUCUUAAGAGAGAACAACUUCUUAAAAAAUCAGGAAAAUUGUUCAAGCUUAGGGUCGACGUUAACCUCUCCUCUAGCGUGUUAGAUACUCCCGAAUUUUUUUGGUCAUUUGAACCAAGUCUACAUCCUUUGUAUUUGGCAAUGCGAGAAUACCUGGAGAUUGACCAAAGGGUGCAAGUUUUGAAUGAUCGCUGCAAGGUUUUUCUGGAAUUCUUUGAUAUAUGUGUUGAUUCGGUAGCAGAGAGAAAUAUGGCCAGAAUCACAUGGUGGUUCAUUGCAGUAAUAUUUGUUAGUGUUCUAGUUUCAAUUGCAGAGAUAUUAGUUCGGUCGUUCAUCAUUCGUAAAUUGAAACAACACCCUUAA